AUGGCAGAUGCGGAAGAAGGGGAGAACGCUUCUACAUUUGUCCUCGUCGUCCGAGGGUCCAUUGACAAGAUACUCCAGGAUCAUAGAGAUUAUUCUGUUGACCACCUUCUCUCCGUGCCAUCCCGCCCACUGCAACUCUUCCUUGACGAACGCCGCACUGCUGGCGAUGUCUAUCUCAUCUCAGCUGCGGCAUCAACACCAAGUCCUCAUCCCGGUGUCAAAAAAGAAGAAUCCCCUCUCAAAAUUCAAAUCCCCCCGCCAACACGCAUGACGUCCGAGGAAGAACUUGAUGCUAUGCUCAACUUCGACCCCAGAGAGCUCACUCCCUCGGAUUCUGGAUCCAGCAUGCCCACCGCUGUCAGAGGAAACGGAAGGCAGAGGUCAAUGCUGACCAGGUCUCAGGCCCAGCAGAGGCCUAUGGUCACCAGAUCUCAGGCUAAAGGGAAACAGAAGGCGAAGGCGGAUGACGAAAGAACCUCACCGCGCGUUCGUUUAUCAAGCAGCCGGCGCCGACAACAUCGAUUUGAUCCCGUUGCACCCUCAGCCACCAUGGCUCGACGCCCCACGCGUUCAUCCUAUUCUUCAAAAUUGUCCGCUGCUUCCCAGCCUAUUGCAAGCAGCUCUCGCCGACAGCUUACUCCGGAGGUCUCAGCCCGGUCAUCCUCUGUUUCUUCAGAGUCCAGUAUGUCUUCAUCAUCAUCUGGCUCAUCAUCAUCAAGUUCUCAGUCAAAGUCGCGCAGUCUGACACCACCGUGCCCCUAUGACAUCCCUGAAUACCGAGAAGCCGCUCGUAUUGUAUUUGGUCCCCGGCAAUCCGCUUCUCCGACACUGGCAGCCUAUCCGCCUCCGAUUAGAGAGCGGCUGGAGGACGCGCGAAUGGAGUCUGCCUUCCGUGUGUUAGACAGAUACAAGUACAUGUGGGCGGAUUAUUGUGAUAGCAAGGAUCCGUGGUCAAAAAGCAAAAAGUAG